GUGGCUGUUCAUUUGAUGAACCAUUUACAUCAUGUGGAUAUAGUCAGUCUGAUAAUGAUGAUCUUAACUGGGAUCAAGUGAACACAUUCAUAAAGCCCACAACAGAUCCAUGGAUGCCCACAGGAUCUUUCAUGUUGGUGAACACUACUGAAAGAAUUGGCCAAAAAGCCCAUCUUUUGCUACCACACCUUAAAGAAAAUGACACACAUUGCAUCGAUUUCAAUUUUUAUGUUUCCAGCAAGAGUGGUUCCAGUCCUGGAAUUCUGAAUGUUUAUGUGAAAGUCAAUAAUGGUGAGCUUGGAAGUCCAGUUUGGAAUAUCUCUGAAGCUCCUAUUGGUAUUUGGAAUAGAGUGGAAUUGGCAGUCAGCACCUUUUGGCCAAACUUUUACCAGGUAGUUUUUGAAGUUAUCACUUCAGGUCACCAAGGAUAUCUGGCUAUUGAUGAUGUGAAGGUUUUAGGACAUCCAUGUACCAGCACACCUCAUUUCCUGCGUCUCCAGAGUGUAGAAGUCAAUGCUGGCCAGUUUGCUACUUUUCAUUGCACUGCCAAUGGUAGGACUGUUCAAGGAAACAGGCUUUGGCUACAGAUAGGAAAACAAAAUGAUAUAUAUGUGGGACGCAGUGGUGCAGGGCUUUAUGACGCUGGGGUUUGCCAAUCAGAAAUGGUCAGCACUCCAGCAGUUCGGGCCUGGCUCCGCGUGACGUG